GGCCAAUGCUCGGACGCUUUGCAUAGCAGACGACAGUCAGCUGAUGAUGCAACAACAACAGUCAUGGCCGCCGCGUCCGACCUCCUGGCUCUCGACUUUGAAGUUUUCGGCACCGUGCAAGGGGUCUUCUUCCGCAAGUACACCCAGAGGAAGGCGAAAGAGUUGGGUGUUCGAGGCUGGUGUAAGAAUACAGAGCAAGGGACUGUCAUUGGCCAGUUGGAAGGAACAGGAGGAGCAGUUGCGGCCAUGAAGGAUUGGCUACAAAGGGUCGGCAGUCCAAGCUCCCACAUAACAAAGGCCGAAUUCAAGAAUGAACGGGAGAUUCCAGACUACACUUUCAAAGGCUUCUCCAUCAAGCACUAAAGAUACGUUUGGUCCUGGGGUUGUCUGAGAUACAACCUGGUUAUCUCUCUUCAUACGUAAAACAGAUGGAAUAAAUGGUGAUUGUAACCAAGGGAACAUUUUUUUGCUAAGAUUGCAGGUAGUCACAAUAGGAAAUUUAUUUUUAAAGUACUGAUUUAUGCAGUAUUUGCAAUUUUGUACUGCAUGUUAUUGGUUGCAUUCUUUUGAAUGCAUGGAAGUUUUAGGGGAACGAAAAAACUAAGACCCUAAAUUCAACUAAUGAUGUCUUAUAUCACAUAAGAAUGUUUAUUUAAGUCCAAAUAAUUUAAUGCUGUGACAAGUAAAACAGUCUUUAUGAUAUUAGUUAACUAUGACAUCUCAAACAGGACCAGUAAGGAAACUUUCAGGACAGACAAUACUAGAGUGAAUUAUGGUUCACUUGCAGGAAUAUAUCAGUAUUUAGGUCAUAAUAUUUAUGUACUUUGAAUGUAGCAUUGUGUAACCCAUAUAAAAGGAGUUGCUGAGUAUGUAUAACACUUUUAAAUGUGUAAAAAUAUGGAGAACACUAAACAAAUACUUGUGCAGCACAAUGAAAUGUAAAACAAAUUAAAUGUUUCUGUUCAGGGUAAAGUAACAGCGAUGUUCAUAUUACAAAGGCUUUGUAUAAUGGUUCAUGUGAAGCAAUAUCCAGCAAAUCAUGACAUUUUACUCUUAGUAUGAGGCAUUUAGAGUAAGAAUGAUGAAUGAACAAUCUUGAGAUCUUGAGAUAAGCUUCGAAAUGAUAUCUGAGAGGACAUGUUCAUUUGGCAGUAUAAACUGAAGUUAUAACUAGCAGGAUAUGUUGUAUUAGCACAUGAAAUAGGAAGUAACAUGGCAUAAAAACAAUCAUAUAUAAGUCCCCAUUUACCCACAGCUAAUACAUAACUAGUCAGUGCGUCAAACCCUUGACCAAGCAAAAGUCUUAGAUUAACCAAAAAACAAAUAUCUUUAUUAUUGGAGCUCACCUGUUAUUAAUCCAUCCCAGUCAAAAUGCCAAGGAUUUCUUUCUAUCUUUCCUUUUGUCUUUUUUAUUUUUUGAGGAGUGGGGAGCUAAUUGGAACAUUCUUUUUGCUUUAUGAUGAUUAGUAUGAGAUGUAGCUGGAAUUCAGAGUAUAUCGCAAUCACUUGUUGACCAAGAAAGACUUUGAAAACUGAAAUCAUUCUCAUUGACUUUGUAGACUAGCCAGUUUCUCAAGAUUUCCAUUUGUUAUGUUCACUGUUGUUGCUGAGAAUACCUCAUAUAAAGUAAAUGUAGUAUUUAUGCUAUUUUCUUAUUUCAACUUGUAACCAUUGUAGCAUUAACUUGUCAGACCUGCAUCAUGAGGAUAAUAAGUACCAAGAGGAGAAAAUAAAAGAGCAAAAUAAAGAUAAAUAUUUAAUGGGAAAUCAGGUUUUGCUUAUGGAGCCUUACCCUGCCAAAUAAUUAGGAGUACUGUAGUGCAAAAGGAAGUAAUGAAGGUACCCAUGCAUAUUAACAUACUGAUCUGCCUCACAUUGUCUAUUGGCCUCAUGAAUGAAGAGAUUUCCCUCUUUGUUAAUUCUCCAUGUGCACAUUUAUCUCAGUAUUUCAUUGAAUGCAAAAACACAUGUGAUAGAAGAGAGAAGAGGUAAAGAAUCAAGUAGAAAGAUGCUUUGAUGAUAGUGAAUAAUAUAGGGGAAUUAACUUGUAAGGUAAUCCAUAAGCAGUUACUUAUAUGAAAAUUGCUUCUGAAUAUUAGUUUGUAUGAAAUGUCAAUUGAUUUCCCAAAUAUCCCGCUGUCCAGAAGAAAUCUGAAUGCAUGAUUCCUAAACUGCUAUUAAAAAUAUAUAUUAAAUGGUAAACUUUAAAAUUCAACAAGUGAUGUAGGUUGGAAAAAUGUAAAUUGUUUAUCUCCUUGUAAGUGUUGCAGUUUUUUCCCAUAGGUGUUCCUCAUGUGGUCAACCAAUGAAAUUAAGAACCCUUUUGAUGCAUUAACCAAGACUAUCUUCAAUCUAGUAUGUUUAAGGUAAUGCUUUAAAGAAGAAUCUCGCACUAGAGGUUCAGAAGACAGGAAGAUCAGGCAAGAUGACUAUUUGAAAGAAUAAUGAUUUAGUAACAAAUUCAUAUUAUCUGUAUUUCAUAUCCUUAUUCUUACUUGUGAUGUGGUAAGGAUGAUAUUCAGUGCAUAUUGCCCACAGGUUAUAUUUUUUUGUUUUUGAGUUGUUUUUACUCAGGUACCAUGUUAGUGAUAGUAUAAUUGUGUUUCUUUGCUUACAUUUCCUCACAGGACUUCUUUUAGGUUUUGUUUUAGUGGAGCAUCAUUCAAUUUUCGGAAUGCAUGCUGUAAUGUUUUCAAUUCAUCUUUCAAAUAACAUUUGUGAACAAGAGGCAAAAAAAUGUGUUUAGAAAUAUGAAAUGAAUAAAUGAUACAUUUUGAAGAUAACCAUGAAUCAGCAACUCAAACUUCACUCUCAUAAAAAAAAGCAUGAAUACCAUGAGAAAAGCACAUCUGUAAUUGAUGUUUCAGAGGCAAAAGUAACAUUAAGCAGUUCACUACAUAUAAUGCCUUUGGUAUAAUUACAGGUCAGAUCUGAUCAUAAGUAAGAGUUCCACGUCAGAGUUCCACUGACCUUUGAGGCGACCACCUAAACAUUUAUUGACAUAUCUGGAACGCUGUGAUUGCUCAAAUUACUUUCUAAAAAAAAGUACCUGCAAAAAAAGUGGUGUCUUCAGUUACCAUUGAAGAUUUUAUCCCAAUCUGUGAUAUUUUGUGCUUGUGGACAUUGCAUUAUGUCUUUGAUGCAUAUCAUUUUUCACCAAAUUGUAAGUCCUGUUUAAUUUUGAAAAAUAAAAGCAUACAUCCUAA